AUGACAUCAACUCAUUAACCUUUUAGUGCAUGUUUGAUAUCACGGUUAAUUUGUCAAAAUCUUGGUAUCAAACAUGCGCUCACUAGUCCGCUAGCUAUGAGGUGCUCCCUAGCUGCCAUAUUCCUCCAAUACAAAUUCAACAUAACAUUCUGUGUGUAUAUACAGUUUUCGACUUUUAUAGUUUCUUUUUUCUCUUAUCGGUCACACACAUUCAAAUUGUUUUUUAUGCAAUGUCAGAUUCUAUGUCUAAUUUUUGUGUGUCUAGACAACACAACUCUUCAACAUUUUAAAGAAAUAAUUGAAAAAACUUUGUAAGAUAUUGUCAUACAUGUCGAGUUCAAAGUGUAAAUUCGAGUCCUUUGUUACAUGACACAACAAUGUUGCCAAGUUUUUAUCGACUUCGAACUUGAUAUUCAAAUAUUUUAUUCCAGCAUCUUCUAUGUUCCUUUGCAUGCUGUCUUGUAAAAAUCGAGUGAUAAUAUCAUAGCUUCAUAAUUUUUUAUUUUAUUCCUAUGCCGACAUAUAAACCUGUUUUUGACAAUUAUUAUGUUGUUGUAACAUGUGCAAAGAAACAAAACCAACCGAGUCUUUUCCAUAAAAAGUAAUAAACCGUGGUUAUACUGACACAGUUACACUUUUACACUAUGGGAAAAUCUAGUACUUUGGUUCAUUCUUCUAGAUUUUUUCUUCUUCUUCUUCUUCUUCUUCUCAAUGUCACUGUUUCUGAAGCAUCCCCAACAGAAGAAUCAGUGUACACCUCAUUUCUUGAGUGUUUAACAAACCACACAAACCCUUCAGACCAAGUCUCCAACAUACUCUUUUCUCAAACCAAUGUUUCUUUUUCUUCUAUUCUCCAAGCAUAUAUUCGUAAUGCUCGAUUAAACAAAACUUCAACACCAAAACCCUUACUAAUCAUUACUCCUCUGCAACAAUCCCAUGUUCAAGCUACCAUACUUUGUGCCAAAGCCAUUAAAAUUCAACUCAAAGUAAGGAGUGGUGGCCAUGACUUUGAAGGUAUCUCAUAUGUCUCUAACCAACCCUUCAUUAUUCUUGACAUGUUUCAGUUCAGGAACAUCACUGUUGACAUACAAAAUGAGGUUGCUGUGGUUCAGUCUGGUGCUAUACUUGGUGAGGUUUAUUAUAGGAUAUGGGAGAAGAGUAAAGUUCAUGGCUUUCCUGCUGGGGUUUGUAUUACUGUUGGUGUUGGUGGUCACUUGAGUGGUGGAGGGUAUGGUAACAUGAUGAGAAAAUUUGGGUUGUCUAUUGAUAAUGUUGUUGAUGCUGAAAUUGUUGAUGUUAAUGGUAGGAUUCUUGAUAGGAAAUCAAUGGGUGAAGAACUUUUUUGGGCUAUUAGAGGAGGUGGAGGAGCAAGUUUUGGAGUUAUUUUAUCAUACAGUAUUAAAUUGGUUCAAGUACCUGAAGUUGUUACUGUUUUUCGUGUUGAGGAGAGUUUGGAUAGUUUGGAUCAGAAUAUCACUGAGUUUGUGUUGCAGUGGCAGAAUGUUGCGCCGCGUACCGAUGAUAGGCUUUUCAUGAGGCUGCAUAUUCAGCCUGCGAGUUCUAAGGUUGUAAAAGGGGAGAUAACUGUUAGAGUGUCAGUUAUGGCUUUGUUUCUUGGAGGUGCUGAUGAACUUGUUACACUUCUAGGGAAGGAGUUUCCCUCUCUUGGUUUGAAGAAAGAAAAUUGUUCUGAAAUGAGUUGGAUUGGUUCUGCGCUUUGGUGGGGUAUUAGUAGCAACUCAAAACCAGAUGAGCUUCUAGACAGGAAUAUUGAUUCGGCAAAAUUUCUCAAGAGGAAAUCUGAUUAUGUGGAGAAUCCAAUUUCAAAAGAUGGGUUGGAAGGGAUAUAUAAGAAGCUGAUUGAAUUGGGAAAAGUAGGAUUGACUUUCAACCCUUACGGUGGAAAAAUGAACUCGAUAGCAUCUAAUGCUACCGCGUUUCCUCACCGUGCAGGGAAUCUGUUCAAGAUUCAGUAUUCGGUGAAUUGGGAUAAGCCUGGAAUUGAUAUAGAAAAUAAUUUUACAAAUCAGGCUAGAAUGCUGUAUGAUUACAUGACACCUUUUGUUUCCAAUAAUCCAAGAAGAGCCUUUUUAAAUUAUAGGGACCUUGAUAUUGGUACUAAUGAUUUUGGAAAUAAUAGUUAUGAACAAGGAGUUGUUUAUGGAAUGAAGUAUUUCAGUAGCAAUUUUGAGAGGUUGGUUAAGAUCAAGACUGCAGUAGAUCCAGAAAACUUCUUCAGGAAUGAACAAAGUAUUCCAACUCACCCUGGUUCCGACUCCGGUGCCAGUACCUCUAGUGCCGACAAAGUGUUACUUUCCAGCAUGCGUGGAAAACUUAUGGUAAAGGUGGUAAUUGUAUGGUUUCUCAUGCUUGAAUUGUUCAUCUGAUUACUGUAAUUAUACACGGAUUUAGAUUAACUAUCCUAUAAAGAAUAUUCACUCUACUGUUUAUUUGCUUAAAACUUUAGUGUCCAUGUAAAGGAAAUUGUAAUUGAAAAUUGGUAAGCUACUGUCAGUAGAUCAGUAAGUAGUAACAAUCACAUUGGCAAGUGGUUUCAGAUGAGGAAGGAAAGAAAUACAACGAAUUUCAUACAAAAGUAAUUCCUCUAUAUAUAAUAGUACUGGCUUACAUA